AUAUCAUAGCAAUCGAUAUAUGCACACCUUAUAAUAAUACUUGGCUUGGAGAGAUAGGUCGCUGUCCUGUGUUACAAUUUGCAAUUUGAAAUGACAAAUUAUUUAAGUUUGUUGUUUCUGGGUGUAGUUCUUUGCGGGUGGACCUCAGCUUGCCCAGGAAUAUAUUACAGAUUUCAAUGGAAUGCCAGGCCCCCAAAAGAAAUUGUAAAUAUGACCAUGCCAUUGUCCAAUGUCGUGGUUCAUCACACUGUGAUGGGUGAUGGGAAUUGUUCAUCUGUUCCAGAAUGCAUUUUGGUAAUGCAAGAAAUUCAAGACUUCCACAUGGACGAUCGUGGUUGGUCGGAUAUUGGAUAUAGCUUUCUAAUUGGGGCUGAAGGAAGUAUAUUCCAAGGGCGUGGAUGGAACAGAGUUGGGGCUCAUGCUCCAGGCAUGAAUGAUCGAAGUGUCGGUAUAAGUUUGAUUGGGGAUUAUUCAACAAAACUUCCCCCUCAGAUUCAGAUGGAUUCUGCAAAAGCAUUGAUUGAAUGUGGCAUUGAGCUCGGACAUAUUCUACCAGACUAUUCGUUGUUUGGUCAUCGAGAUGUGACCCAAACGGACUGUCCAGGAGAUUUAUUUUAUGACGAAGAGCUGUCCUUAUGGCCUCAUAAACAAACCACUUCACCUCCACUUGGGUACACGAAGAAAAUGGGAGAUUAAGAUAGAUAAUUUGAUUGACCUUGACCCUUUAUGUAUCAGUUUAUAGCUAAUUAAAAUAUUGAUAAUACUUAAUUAUGAAAGUCAUACAUCUGUCAUUAGUAAGAAAUGAUUAAAAAGCAAUGACUCCUUUGAGAUCUCGUCAUUUGAUCUUCUGAGUCUCAC